GGAGUGACUCAUAGCCAUUGCCAGCUGCCACGAUAGGAGGCAAAAGCGCUGCGCCUCUGUCUGUUCCCGCCUUUCCAUUUUGAGGGAAAGGAUCUCUCACGUGAGGCGAGGCUAUUGCCUGACUGGUAGGGAGGCAGAGCGGCAACAAGCAAAGAUUGUCACCCUCGCCGCCGCGCUCGGGGUGCAAGUGGGGGAAGAUCGACAAGAGACAGAGAGGAGGAAAAGAAAGAAUAAGAAAGAAAGGUCUCGGUGUUCUUCCCGCCGCCCAAAGAAGGGGAGGGUGCUGUGGUGAGUUGAGGGGAAGCGCAGAGGGACAGAGGGGUCCACCUAGCCCGGCCACUGGCUGGCGUUCCACCAAAACAAAGGGGCCACUAUCAUGCCCACCAACUUCACGGUGGUGCCAGUGGAGACGACUGCCAGCUGCGGCGAGGGCCCAGGCGUCCAGGGGGAGCCGCCGCCACCACCGGAACAAGCUCAGGAGCCGGGCAAUGAUGAUCGUAGUAUCCGAGGCGGUUGCGCCCGCCGACAACAACAGCAGCAGCAAACCGACAGUAUCCGCGUGGAGCCUGGGAGCUGCGGUGAUGGGAUUCCAAGGGAAAGUAGCCCAUUUAUCAAUAAUGCUGGGAUGGAGAGAGGAAACAUCUAUGAAGGGAAAAACAUGGCUCUUUUUGAGGAAGAAAUGGAUAGCAACCCCAUGGUAUCAUCUCUACUUAACAAACUAGCCAACUAUACCAAUGUUACCCAGGGAGUGGUAGAACAUGAAGAAGAUGAAGAUAGCAAACGCAAAGAAAUUAAGGCUCCACGUAUGGGCACUUUCAUUGGUGUGUACUUGCCCUGCCUACAGAACAUUUUAGGAGUCAUCCUGUUCCUGCGAUUGACGUGGAUUGUGGGAACAGCAGGAGUUCUUGAAUCUUUCAUCAUUGUAUUUAUGUGCUGUGCUGGUACCAUGCUUACUGCAAUAUCAAUGAGCGCAAUAGCAACAAAUGGCGUCGUUCCAGCUGGUGGCUCAUACUAUAUGAUAUCCAGAUCCUUAGGACCGGAAUUUGGUGGAGCUGUGGGACUCUGUUUUUAUUUGGGCACAACAUUUGCAGGGGCCAUGUAUAUUCUUGGCACAAUUGAAAUUCUUCUUAAAUACAUUUCUCCCAAUGCUGCUAUUUUUAAAGGAGAGGAUGGAGAUGAGACAGCCAUGUUAAACAAUAUGAGAGUUUAUGGGACGUGCAUUGUUGCACUGAUGGCCAUAGUUGUUUUUGUGGGAGUCAAGUAUGUCAAUAAGCUUGCACUCGUGUUCCUGGCUUGUGUGAUACUCUCAAUCAUUGCUAUUUAUGCUGGAGUUAUUAAAACUGCAUUCGACCCACCUCACUUUCCUAUUUGUCUUCUUGGAAACCGUACAUUGAUAAAAAAAAGCUUUUACACUUGUGCCAAAUAUAGUGAAAAAAACAAUGUAACAGAGACCACUGAGCUGUGGAAGGAAUUCUGUGGCAGCCAGUUGCUAAAUGCCACAUGUAAUGAAUAUUUUACUCUAAACAAUGUCACAGAGAUUGAGGGAAUUCCUGGAGUGGCAAGUGGAGUCCUAAUUGAUAACUUGUGGAGCGUAUAUGGAGACAAAGGGGCAUUUGUGGAGAAACAGGAUCUUCCAUCAGUUCCUGUUCUGGAAGAGACAAAGGUCCCAGGACUCCCUUAUAUUUAUACAGAUAUUAUGACCUAUUUCACCAUGCUAGUAGGAAUUUAUUUUCCAUCCGUGACAGGGAUUAUGGCAGGUUCAAACAGGUCUGGAGAUCUUCGGGAUGCUCAAAAAUCUAUUCCUACUGGAACAAUUCUUGCCAUUUCUACUACAUCAUUUAUCUAUCUAUCCUGUAUAGUUCUUUUUGGCGCCUGUAUAGAAGGUGUGGUCUUGAGGGACAAAUUUGGAGAAGCAGUUAAUGGAAACCUAGUGAUCGGUACAUUGGCAUGGCCCUCUCCAUGGGUUAUUGUCAUUGGCUCAUUCUUUUCCACUUGUGGUGCUGGUCUUCAGAGCCUCACUGGUGCCCCCCGACUGCUGCAGGCUAUUGCAAGAGAUGGCAUUGUACCAUUUCUUCACAUAUUUGGUCAUGGAAAAUCAAAUGGAGAACCAACAUGGGCCUUGCUCCUCACUGCAUUUAUUUGUGAGAUAGGUAUUAUCAUAGCUUCUCUGGACAGUGUGGCUCCAAUCCUUUCUAUGUUUUUCCUAAUGUGCUAUCUCUUUGUGAACUUGGCGUGUGCAGUUCAGACUCUUCUACGUACCCCAAACUGGAGACCUCGUUUCAGAUAUUAUCACUGGACUCUUUCAUUCCUGGGGAUGAGUUUGUGUCUUGCCUUGAUGUUCAUAUGCUCUUGGUACUAUGCCUUGGUUGCCAUGCUGAUAGCAGGAUGUAUUUACAAAUACAUUGAAUAUAGAGGAGCUGAAAAAGAGUGGGGAGAUGGAAUCCGGGGGCUGUCCUUGAAUGCUGCACGCUAUGCUUUGCUUCGGGUUGAACACGGGCCUCCUCAUACCAAAAAUUGGAGGCCUCAAGUCUUGGUUCUGUUGAAUUUGGAUUUGGAACAGUUGGUAAAACACCCUCGACUGCUUUCUUUCGCAUCUCAAUUGAAAGCUGGAAAAGGACUGACCAUUGUGGGAUCUGUACUCUCAGGAAUAUACUUGGAUAAAUACACAGAAGCUCAAAAGGCUGAGGAGAGUAUUAGAUCCUUAAUGGGAGCAGAAAAAACCAAAGGAUUUUGCCAGAUUGUGGUAUCUUCCACUGUCAGAGAUGGAAUUUCCCAUUUGAUACAGUCUGCUGGCCUUGGAGGGAUGAAGCAUAACACUGUCCUGAUAGCAUGGCCUCAGUCCUGGAAACAGACUGAUAAUCCCUUCUCCUGGAAGAAUUUUGUUGACACUGUACGAGAAACAACAGCUGCACAACAAGCUCUUCUAGUUGCUAAAAACAUAGAUUUAUUCCCAACAAAUCAAGAGCGCUUUAGUGAGGGUAACAUAGAUGUGUGGUGGAUUGUUCAUGAUGGCGGGAUGUUGAUGUUGCUUCCUUUCCUCCUGCGACAACACAAGGUGUGGAGAAAAUGUAAAAUGCGCAUCUUCACUGUUGCUCAAAUGGAUGAUAAUAGUAUUCAAAUGAAAAAGGAUCUUCAGAUGUUUCUGUACCAUCUUCGACUUAAUGCUGAAGUAGAGGUUGUUGAAAUGUUUGAAAAUGAUAUUUCAGCCUUUACAUAUGAGAAGACACUUGUGAUGGAACAGAGAUCUCAGAUGCUAAAACAGAUGCAGCUCUCUAAGAAUGAAAGGGAGAGAGAGAUUCAGAGCAUCACUGACGAGUCUCGCAGCUCAAUCAGAAGAAAAAGCCACUCUAGCCCACAGUGUAUUGGUCAAGAUAUAGACAAUCUGCUACCUAAUAACACUCAAGAGGAAGAGGCUCAGCUGAUCCAUGACAGAAACACUGCAUCCCAUUCAACAACAAUGGUUAAAUCUCACACUGCUGUCGCUACACCAGAAAAAAUACAAAUGACCUGGACAAAAGAAAAACUUAUAUCUGAGAAGCAUAAAAAUAAGGAAACGUGUUUGACAGGCUACAAGGAUAUCUUCAAUAUGAAACCGAAUCAGUCUAAUGUGAGAAGGAUGCACACUGCUGUCAAGCUCAAUGGAGUUGUGCUAAACAAGUCACAACAUGCCCAGCUGGUAUUACUUAACAUGCCUGGACCUCCCAAAAACAGGCAAGGGGAUGAAAACUACAUGGAGUUCUUGGAAGUUUUGACAGAAGGCUUGAACAGAGUGCUCUUGGUGCGAGGAGGAGGCCGUGAAGUCAUCACCAUUUACUCCUAAUAAUUUUAUUGAACGCACAGAUAUUACUAGUAGAAACACCCAUUUCUGGAUUUGAAUGCAGGGACUUGGCAAACCUUGGUCUUGGACUAUUGACUUUGGGUUGGCCCUGUGUUUCUUGCAUACAAAAUAGAAUCAACAGUUGAAUCCUAUAGGUUUUUUUCUUUUCCAAAGUUGUGUAAGCAAAAUUGUUUCCUACAUAGAUCUCUAACGUUUGGCUUUACUGAAAUGUAUAAUAUACCUGUAUAUUUUUUUUAAUGUAGAAAACUGAGAGACUUCCUCCACCCUCUUCGGGGUGAGGGUAGGUUACAGGGAAUGUUCUUUUUGCAUAUAGGUCCUGAAUAUGGCGAAUGGGGAAAAUUGUUUUUUUGGCAUAGGAACAGACAUCUAAGUUUCUAAUACUUUUUAUAAUGAUGGUUUUAAAAAACAAAGAAAGAGAGUGUCCAUGAACUAUUUUAUAAUAGUCAUCAUAUUUUGUAUUGUUGAGCCUAGGAAUGUGCUGAAACGCAACUUGGAAGCCGAAUCACAGGGCACCUCACCUUAAAAACAAAGGCUUCCCCAGCCCCUUUAAAGCGGAAGAGAGCAGGUCCACCUGCUCCCCCUCUGAUCAGCACCAUCGUCAUACUCCAACACUCCUCCCAGAAUUAACUGUGCACCACUGACCUUGCAAAUGGCCGGCGCACAUGCGCAGACACCAUAUACAUGGUGUCAUCGGGCACAGGGGCAGCCGGGAGACACCUCACCAGUGCACAGUUAAUCCUGGGGGGAGCACCGGGAGUGCGAUGAUGGCACCAAUCAGAGGAGCAGCAGGUAUGGACCUGCUCUCCUCUGCUUUAAAGGAGCUGGGGAAGCCCUCAUUUUUAAAGGGAAGUGCUCCACGAUUCGGCUUCCGAAUCACAUUUUGGCAAUCCCAAGUUGAGCCUCCUGAGAGGCAGCAGUUUCUGUUUCUGUAUCAAAUCUCCCUGGUUCUGUAUUCAUACUCAUCUCCAAAUAUGUGACUCCUUUAGCAUUGUGUUUUAAUUAAUGAUUGCCACUGAAUAAAAAUUCUUUAAUUUAGCCAGAAUAAUUUCAUUUACUUGAGUAGCACUUGUGAGGUUUUUGUUGUUGUUUUUAAAUCCAGUCCUGAGCCAUUGGUGCACAACACCACCAAGAUGCUGGAGACUGCCUUACAAGAUCAUUCUGCUACUUAUCAAUAGAUCAAAUCGAGAUUAUUUUUUAAAGCAUAGUUUUUGUCUUUGGUUUUGAAGUUUUAAAAACCCAGUCCGAGGAGAGAAGAAAAGCACUAAAAUAAAUCUGACGUUUUAAGAUUUCGAUUUAGUUGGUUCAAACCCAACUAGGAAAUGCAAAGUGAGCAAAGAUGGAGGGCAAGGCUGAUGUGAAAUAGCACUGAGUUAAGUGGGGAAAAGAGAAAUAUAUUUUCAGAUAUUUUGAAGAGUAAAUAGAUCAAACUGUGUUGAUCCAGAAAAUGUUUCCUAAAAGGAGCAGGGUUUGAUGAAGAUUACAUGUAUGUGAAGGAAAUUAGCUGGCAGAGCAAGAUGGGUAAACUGUUCCAGGCACAGGACAAGGCACAAAGGUAAGAAAUGCCGAGAGAGAGAAAAUGGAGAAGUAGCUAAAGAGCUUAUGCAAAUCAGAGAUAAAGAAGAAUCAGCUGGGAAUUAGGGGAAUUCGUUUCAGCUGCACUGUUUGUUUCUGAGUAUAAUUCAAAAUGCUGAUUUUGACCUUUAAUGCCCUACAUUGUUUGGGGCCAGAGUACUUGAAAGACCACCUUCUCCUAUUUGAAUCUGCCCAUCUCUUGAGAAAUUGUAGAGAGUCCCUCUUGCAGGUCCCCCCUCCUUUAGAGGCGUGGAGUUCCACAUGAGGGAGGAGCUUCUUAGUGGUAGCUUCUGCCUUGUGGAACUCUCUCCCACAAGAGAUCUUGCUGGCUCCAUCUUUGCCAGUGUUUCAUCAGCUUGUUCAGACCUUUUUGUUUCAGCUAACCCUUCCCCUCGGUUGCUGUUCAUCUAUUGUGGUUUUUGGUUUUAUUGCUGUUUUGUAAUUUAACUUUUUUGUAAGCUAUCCUGAAUUCUAUAAGACAAUCAGGAUAUAUAUGUUUAAAUAAAUAAAUAAAAUAAAGAGGCAUUCAGAAGAUGGUA